AGCGGGAAUUCAUACCCUGGUGGAACGCCCGGCUUCAAGGCACCCUGCCGCUGGCCCUCUCCGCUCGCAUCCCGCUCGAGGUCUUCGAGAUCAUCGUCGACGAAAUGGAUCCUCCCACAUUGACCGUCGCGGCGCUGGUCUGCACAGCAUGGUACCCUCGAGCGAUGCACAAGCUCUACCACACCAUCGAGAUUCGCAGCCGCACAAGCUACAACCUGCUGUUCAAGCAGUGUUACGCGUCACCACGUCUCAAGCAGUGGCUCGCGAGCACAUGCGAGCUGGUGGCAAACGAGCAGUGGGAUGCAUUUUUUGAGAUUCUCAAGGACAAGAGGGACUCGAACGAAGACGGAAGCAUGGAAUCCCCGCAGCGUAGAAACAAGAACAAUAGUGACAAUCACUUCUUGCAAGCGCUACCAUCCGCGCUCGCUAGUCUGAUGCCUUGUGUACGCAACCUUCACAUCUACCGUGCAAGACUUUGUUUCGUCCGCACGGAUUUCUUCCUCGCCCUGUCGAGCUGCGGCGGAUUGUGUCUGCCUUCCCUCAGCUUACCGAUCUCACGUUGUAUGUU